AUAAGAACAUUCGAACAAUUUACCGACACACAAAAACUUUGAAAAGAAAGAAAAAGAAAAAAGGAAAAAUGUUGUCGAGAUUGUUCAAGGCUGGUGAAAAGGUUUUGUUGAAUCUCGUGAACAAGAAAGACCUUCACAUGGCGUCAAGGAAUCAGGAGAAUUCUACUCCCAAAGUGCAAGAGCUUUACAACCUCUGCAAGGACAUUUUCACUGGCAAAGCUCCUUCUCCUGCUUCCAUGGCUGUCCAAAAACUAUGCUCUGUCUUGGACUCGGUUAGUCCUGCAGAUGUUGGGCUUGAAGAGGAAGCUCAAGACGAUGAUCGAGGCUAUGGAGUUUCUGGUGUUAGCCGAUUUAAUAGAGUAGGACGAUGGGCACAACCGAUAACAUUCUUAGACAUACAUGAAUGUGAUACUUUUACAAUGUGUAUUUUCUGCUUCCCAACAUCUUCAGUGAUUCCAUUGCAUGACCAUCCAGAGAUGACUGUGUUUAGCAAAAUCCUCUAUGGUUCACUUCACGUUAAAGCUUAUGAUUGGGUUGAACCUCCAUGUAUUAUAUCACAGGACAAAGGGGUGCCCGGUUCUCUUCCAGCAAGGUUGGCAAAAUUGGCCGGUGACAAAGUUAUAACGCCUCAGUCUGAGAUACCAGUGUUGUACCCUAAGACUGGAGGCAAUCUCCAUUGCUUCACUGCGCUAACUCCAUGUGCGGUGCUCGACAUUCUCACACCUCCUUACAAUGAAAGUGUAGGCAGAAGUUGCAGUUAUUACAUGGACUAUCCGUUUUCCACCUUCGCAUUGGAGAAAGGAAUGAAGGUGGAAGGAAAGGAAGACGAAUACGCUUGGCUUGUACAGAUCGACACACCUGAUGAUCUUCACAUGCGUCCCGGAUCAUAUACCGGUCCAACUAUCAGGGUCUAGUUUUUUUGCGGUUGGUUUUGUAGCUAAGUAGAGCUCUUGUAUCAUUCCAAGAUAGUUUAUCAAUACAAUUUUAGAUGAAAGAUAAACUCUUUGAUUGGUCCA